UGGGUGUGGACGCUUCACCCACCCCUGGCAGGGAGUUGUCAGGGCAGAGACGAGAGGGGUCCUCAGGCAGGAACCCUCUCCUGAGUAAACAGGCGCGGGCAGCGCGUCGGGGGCAGCUUGGGCUGCACAGGAGGUCCAAAGCCACCGAGCAUGACUAGUCCUGGCACGAAGGGGUCGUGGCUCUCGCAGCCGAUGGUGAAGAGCGUGCUGGUGUAUCGCAACGGGGACCCUUUCUUCCCGGGGCGCCGCAUCGUCAUCAAUGAGAAGAAAGUGUCCAACUUUGAGGUCUUCCUAAAAGAGGUGACAGGAGGGGUGAAGGCACCCUUUGGAGCUGUGCGUAACAUCUAUACCCCCCGGGGUGGGCAUCGUGUCCGGCAGCUGGAGGAGCUUCAGAGCGGAGAGCAGUAUGUGGCUGGUGGCAAGGAAGCCUUCAAGAAACUCAACUAUUUGGACAUCGGUGAAACAAAGAAAAAACCUGCGGAAGUCAAUAACGAGUCAACAGUGGAAGAUGUCAAGCCAGUUACUCACAGUAGAAUCACUGUGUCAGCACGAUUUCGAAAACCACUACAGGAGCCCUACACUAUUUUCCUGAUUGCUAAUGGAGACCUCAUUAGCCCUGUAGUGCGCCUCCUCAUUCCCAGGAAAACACUGAAUCACUGGGAUCAUAUUCUCGAAAUGGUUACAGGAAAAGUUACCCUCAGAAGUGGAGCUGUUCACAGGCUUUACACUUUAGGUGGAAAACUUGUUCAGAAUGGGUCAGACUUGGAGAAUGGGCAAAUUUAUGUUGCAGUGGGUAGAGAAAAAUUUAAGAAGUUGCCCUAUGGUGAUCUGCUGUUUAGCAAAUCUGCAGUGAGAAGGCCACAGGGUUCCAAAGUCUCUGUACUACCUCCGAUUGUGGGAUCUCGGAAGUCUAAAGGCAGUGGAAACGAUCGGCAGUCUAAAUCUACCGUUGGAUCCAGUGACCCAGGAGAAAACAGUUCCUCACCUCAGCCUCCCAAAGGGAAAGACAAAAAAAGCCAGAAUCUAGAGGAUUCUGUGUCCAGACGACACUUUUCUAACAACUCUGCAAAAGUAAAACAGACAGUAAGAGUAAGAGCUUCCACAGGAGUCCUUCAAGAUACUGGUGAAGAUAUUUACAAAGCCAGUGAAGAGCGAUCUGAAAUGUGGGGGGCAGCCGAAGUGCAGGAAGAUGAAGAUACUCGUGUAGAAGUUCCACUGGACCAGAGGCCAGCAGAAACUGUAGAUGAAGAAGAAAAUGCAGAAGAGGAAAAUGACAGGGGAGAGGAAGCAUAUAAAAGAGAGGAAGAAUAUCCAGAAGUGAAUGGAGAGGAAAGUGAGGAAACUAUUAAAGAAAGAAGAGAAGUGGAAGAAAACAAGAAGAAAUUAAAUGAGAAUUAUGAAGCUGAAGCAGAAGAAACAGAGAAUGUUGACCAAGCAGAGGAAAAGGAACUUAUCGAUUUAAAUGGCAAGAAAAAUAAAGAACGUGGUGAGGGAAUGGAGCACUUGAACUAUCAAGGUGAUCUUCAGCCUGAAGAAGAAAUAAAAGAGGAGGAUUCUGACAGUCAGAACCAGGUCGAUUCUCAUCUUGAAAAAACAUCCACAAAUCCAAGGGUGACAAUCACCAGCCCACAGGAAAGUGAAAGAAAUGACCAGAGCAAUGACUAUGCUGCAGUUGCAUAGAUAGAAAAAAUGUAAUGAGCGGAAAAUGAAAGAUAAUAAUACUUAAAAUAUAAAGCAUGUUAUUUUUUGUGAUUGAUAACUUAUAACGGGAAGAUAGGUUGAGUACCCACAUAUUGAGUCUUGAGAUGAUAAUGUCAUAUGGACUGAUACAGAAAACAAACAUUAAUAGCUACUGAAAGAACAUUGAAUUAUUUUUACAAGGUGAGAUUUUGCGAUAGAAUUUGCAGGAGGAAAUACAAGAGUACUGUAUAGUAGUAUUAGAAAUAAAUGAACUGUUCUGUGGUAUAAGACGGUUAGCAGUAAUAGAAUAACCACAAAAAUUAUACUGUACCAGAAAAAGGAAAAAACCCCACUCAAAUUCAAUGUCAAAACUUCUUUGAAGAUUUGUUCAGAAAAGAGAAACAAUUUUUGACUUUUAAUGAGGACAUAAGUAGUUUUUCCUUUAACAUUCCACAUGAUAUGUAUGAUUUCCGGGCAUAAUAUUAAGAUAUAAUUAGAAUACCUUCCUCACUUAAUGAACUUAUGCCCACAAAAAAUGGUGUACUAUAAUGAGGUGUCAGUCCUAAUGUUACUAAAUAGUGGAUUUGCAAUGUAUUAGAAUCAUUAGCUUUUACAUUCAUAAAUAGCACUUAUUUAGCAAUGUCAAUGGAGCCAUUUUAACAUGAGACACGUUAGGAUGAGCCUGUCGGUUUUCUGUAAAAGUCGGCAACAAUUGCAGCAUUUAUCAAUCCUUUACAUAGCCUUAAUGGCUGGAAGUGCAUCAUCAUCUUUUUGAGCAAGCUGACUCCUGAUAGGCUGUGGCUUAAUUUGCAUUAGUAAAUAAGGCAUUGAUCCACAGUAUUAGUUCUUUUAAUGACACCAAUUCCAUUGCUUUUACUGUUUCUCUCAUAGUAAUGGGAAUAAUUUGUUGUUCAGCCCUGAAAAAAUACAGCCCUGAGCAUAAUUUCAUUAAUUAUACAAAAGAAAUAGUGGGUUUCCUUAUCGUUAAUGCUGGUAAAUUAUUACUAUGAGAAACUAAAUGUCAUUUUUGUUGAUUUCAUGCCAUUAAGACAAAAAUUACAUUUAUGAACAAAUUGAACUUUAAGCACUGUUUGAAGAAUGUGAAGAACUGCUUGUCAUGACUGAAACAUACAAACGUCUUCACUUUUUCUACUAAUAGUAGAAAAACAUAUUUUUCCAAUGAAGUAGAAAUACGUAGAGAUCCUUCAGCAUGUUUCUGAGUAUUGGCAAUAUAAAUAUAAAAGCCACAAUGUUAAAAGCCAUAGGGACAGGGUUAGAACAGCUUGCCCUGCAGCAUUUCUGAAUUGUCUAUGGUUUGUGUGUCCUUUGUUGAACUGUCUGACAAAGAUCUGAGAGCAUAUUGCAUUUGUGAUCAGUUCAAAAUAAGCUUCUAAUUUAGCCAAGCUCUUAAGCAAGUAUGUAUGCUUCUUUUAUUUGAUACAGCAAUUAAGCCUAUGCACAAAUAUCUUUAAUUUCACUGGGAUUUAAGAAGACAUUUAAAAUUAAGCAGAAGUAAAAACCAACCAACCUUCCCCCCCUGCCCCAACAGAAUGAAUAAAAAAACUGUAUGUGCUAUUGAGGAAAAAUGAUGCACAGAAAUCCUCUAGGUUCCUUUAUAGUUAAUCCUGCACUGGAAUAAUACAUGCAGUAGCAUUAAAAACCCUCAAAGAAUACUUAACCAGCCAGAGAAGGCAGCUCUGUCUCCUCAGGGAGCUUAGGGGAAUUCACCCGCUGAACCUUCUGUGCAAAGCUGACCAAGGAAAACGGCUAAUGCUGCAUCUUUUCUUACUUAGAGCUGAAUGGCUCAUAUGCUUACCAGUGAGCAUGGGCUUAAAUGUAUCGCUGCAUCAAGACAAAUGACAGUAAUCUUGUAUUGACAUUACUAUGAAUGGGCUCUUUGCUUGAAGUUAACGGUGUACCAAAUAUAGGACUCUACUUGCUGUCAUCUCAUUGCGGAUUAAGACUUGAACAACCUCUGAGAUGUUCUUCAUCCUCAAAAGUUUGAAGUUAAAUUGACACCCAAAAAUACCUGAUGCAGUUAUUUAAUUUGGAGAACAUUUGCCUCAAAAUGUUGUACCUAGAAACGAUAUUUUGAAGAAACUGAGAGAUUUGUACGGUGAUGCUUUUCUCCUUUUGGUUUCUAUUUAUAGCUUCUGUCUGCCAACAGUUUCUGUCAUUUCUUCCCUUUUCCCCAAAUAUUUGGUGUCUUCCAUGCUUAAAAAACUUACAGAUAUCAAUAAGAACAAUUUAAAAGCUUAAACUAAAGUCUAGGGAAGUGUAAUAUGAUCAUUUUCUUUCAUGGGAACAUGAAAUCCCCAUGAAUGUUGCUCAGCCUUUACAAUGUUUUCCCCUGCUUUUUUUUUUUUUUUUUUCCUUGUAAGAAAGACAGGAUAUAUUUCUUCAGAAUAGCAAAUCCAGCUUUUUGGAACUAGAGAUAUAACCGUUUUGUCAUUCACCUCACAACACUGACAACAUGAAUUUUGUAUCAGGUUCUUCUAUAUAGAUAAAUUAGUUUAUGCAUAACAAGCAAUUCUGAUGUUAAAGUAGAAAUUAAACAAGAAGCAUACAGGUGGUCUCGCUAAUAGUUUUUUCUGUCUGGAUAUGCUGUGUGUGAUGGCUUAACUCAGUUUUACAUGCAAAAUACAUUAUUUUCUUAAACUUAUAUGCAACAGUUCUGAGGUGUUUUUAAGAUUUGUAUUCUUGGUUUGGUUUUAUUUUUAAAAAUAAUUUGAUAUUAAAGGGAACUAGCAUACAGAUAUUUCUGUGUUUUGUCUCAUAUCAAGUCCAACCGUUAACUUAGCACUGCCAAGUCCACCACUAAACCACGUCCCUAAGUGCCACAUCUACACAUAUUGCAACUGUGAAAGAAAAUAUGCUGACAAUGUAGCUGUUACGUAGUUUUAAAUCUGAGAAUAAUGGCACAGUUAAACUGGCCAUUGGUUUUUAAUGUCAUCAUUCAGGUUAAGACUGGAUUAUCGGUAUGUAUAUACUGUUCAGCUGAUACUCAGAAAAUAACAUGAGUUGUAUGUGUUUACUGUCAAUGCUUGAGAAAAGUACCAAAACUUCUAGAUGUCUCCUUGCUGAAAUUCUUAAUUUCAGCAAAGCAUUAAAGCAUAUGCUUAAAUCCCGUAGGACUGCAGUUUUCAUUAUAUUUUAUCUAAUGCUUUGGUGCUUUGACAUAUCAGAGCCAAAAUGAAGUUUGUUUCUGGAAAGAAAUGGGUGAAAAUAAGGAAAAUAUAAUCCCCACUCAGUCUCAUCUAAAGUAAAGCAAAAUAAACCUGCGUGCGGAAAUGAAAAA